AUGGUUGAGAUGAUUGCCCAGGCCGCGGAAGGCAUGUUUUCCCAGAGUAUACUUCAAGAUGAGACUCCGUCAGGGCGACGCAGCGCUGGAUGUAGCGGGUGCAGGCGUGCCAAGAAAGGCUGCGAUAUGCAGUUCCCGGUCUGUGGAAGGUGUCUCCGGCUCUCGCAGACAUGCUAUAGGGCAGGAGCUGGCAGUAACACCGGGAAGGGUGCUGCAUACAGUCGGCUUGGCAAUGCUUGGACGGAGAGUGCGCAGGACACAGUGGACCAAGAUCCCGGCCAAUCUGACGCAGGGAAGUCUGACAAGAAAGGCAGUGGUCGCCCGAGAUCCCUGGGCGAGUGGUCCGAUAUACUGCGUUACUUUACCGACCACGAGCUCAUUCGAGGUCUUGUCGCCGCCUGCAGGCUCCAGGUCGCCAUCCCACAAAUGAACCCUAAGCAAGCUGCGGAUAUCUAUGGAGCUGCGUUGUCCUCGAUCCGCGAAGCGAUACAAGACGGGUGUCAGGUUGCCGACGAUACUGUGUUGGUGAUUACAUUGCUUCUAUAUAUAUACGAGCUUGACGUCGCAUUCUGCAACAACAUAGUACCGCCUUACUUUCUUAUUCUAGGCAGUCAGGCAAUGGGAAGAGACGUUCUGUACCAUGCCCAUGAUCAGCUUGCAAUCCUUGAGACUAGGACGAUUGUUCUGUACCGGCAGUAUUGCCGCGGCAAUCUUAACCAAGCCUUCCUCCAGACUGCUCAUACACUUCAACAGGAUCUCACGUACAGGCAAAAGACGACUGUCCGCCCGCCAUCCAAUUCACGCAGGCACCGUCAAGAGAGCCUUUUGAUUGAUGAUGCGGAACAAGCGGAGGAUGAAUACAUUACUAUGAUACAAGAUCGAUGGAGUGGUGCUAAGCUACACAUACUGCAGCUGGUUGUUUGCCGCGUUCAAAGUGCCAUCUUUCGAAAGCUUUGGAACAGCUCUGCUGUUGGGUUAGAAGAACUCGUCCCCUGCUGCCAGAAUUGUCCCACUCGCACUUCCCAGGUUAUGUAUAGCAGCGCAGCAGAGGUCAUGGAUGCCUUCGGAUCUAUAUAUCUGUCGAUGCCUUCGCCACUCGCCACACUGGGAAUGCACGGCGCAAUCAUCACGGCAUCAUCAUGCCUGGAGAGCGAGAUUGAGGAGUCAAUGUUGGCAUCUGGUGGCGUACAGAGCGACGCCAUCAUCAACUCAACGCAGCUGAAUUCCAUGAGGAGAAACAGUCGGUGGCUUACAGAAUGGUCAGAGACGCUUGCAACAUAG